AUGGCAAGCGUCGUGCUUCUCGUCUCACUGCCCUACGUCCUGGCUGCUCGGUGUGGCGUGGACAGCUGCACCGACGCCGUCCUCGAAACGCUCGCCCGAGAUCUGACCGCCAACUACAAGGGCUUCUCAUCGUGCGAGUCUCGCAUGAACUGGGUGAAGAGCAACACCGGCCGGACAGAGGUGGAGGCUUGCGAAAAGGUUGCGGAGGAGUUUCCGGAAGAGUGUGGCGCCUGCCACCCGUUCCAGUCGCCGCCUCCGCCGCAAACCUCGCCGCUGCCGUCGCCGCCGCCGCCACCAUCACCACCACCGCCGGAUUGCCCAUCGCCACCGACGCCCGAGCUCAACAAGACCGCCAUCCGCGGAGCGCUCCGCACCUUCACAAAGGAACUCGCAAACGUUCCGGAUGUGCUGAACAAGACCUACUUUGCGAACGCUUCCCUCCAGCUUCCGCAGUGGCACAUCUGCACCAUCGUGCAGCAGUGCCUCGACCCGCCCAUCAUGGGUCGCAUCGGGGACAUGCCUCCCAAAGCCGUCCGAGCGCUCCACACUGCCCUCCAUCUCGCAAUGUCGGACGAUGCUCACAACCUGCUGCUGAAGCAGAUGCACUCGAACCUGCUGCUCGGCGAGCUGCAGGACUGGGCGAACUCCUGCCCGGGUGACUGCUACGAGCUCAGGGACGCGAGCGGACAGCUUGAGCGGGGGCUUGUGAACCUCACCGACCGCGGCUACAAGAUUCCUGCCAACCGUACCGAAUGCGGCGACCUCCGCGCUGCGGAGCCGCCUAACUACACGUUCUGGCGCUGCUACGAGAAGCCGCGCUUGUUGCACAAGGCAAACAUCGACACGGAGACGGGGCGAUACGGCCUCGGAAACAUUUUCAAAGAGCCGCACAUCCAUGCUCGCAACAACUUCUUCGACUUCGCCUCGGUAUACGGAGAUCUCGUAGGCGAAGGCCCGUUCGGCUUCCGCUUCUCUGGCCACCACUUGGACAUCAACUAUGGGUUCAAGGCUGACGGAUCGGUGGACGACCUUCCCGUUUUCCUCGGCCACAACCCGCUCGUCGUCCCCGGCACCACGCCGCCCGUA